ACUACCUAGCGAACCAUAGAAGCAUGGCCGGCCGGCCGUCCUGCUAAACCCCGCCCAUCCUACAACGCCUAGGCAGCCAGCUCUCGACCUCCACCGCAGACGGUGGCCAUGGCGAAGCCCCCGGCGCAGGCGGCCCCUGGAUCAGCGUACAAUCUCGUGGAAACGAAGCCGCCCCUGCCCGCGAAGCUUGGCCCACGCGGCGCGGCGUUGGCGGCAACGAAAAUGGCCUCGACGUACGACAUGGUGGAGCCAAUGAAGUACCUGUACGUAAGCGUGGUGAAGGCGCGCGAUUUGCCCACCAUGGACGUCACCGGCGCGCUGGACCCGUACGUGGAGGUGAAGCUGGGCAACUUCAAAGGCGUGACCAAGCACCUGGUAAAGAACCACAACCCCGUGUGGCACCAGACGUUCGCCUUCUCCUUCGCCAACCUUCAGUCCAACCAGCUGGAGGUCAUCGUCAAGGACAAGGACACGAUCCGCGACGACUUCGUAGGCCGCGUCGUGUUGGACGUGUCCGACAUCCCCGAGUGCAUCCCGCCCGACAGCCCGCUGGCCCCACAGUGGUACAACCUCUCUGACGCCCAUGGGGAGAGAUUCCACCACGGCCACAGCCUCGGCGAGAUCAUGCUCGCCGUCUGGAUUGGCACCCAGGCCGACGAAGCAUUCCCAGAAGCGUACCACUCGGGCGCUCACCCGCUAUCGACGGCGGGGCUCACUAACACGCGCUCCAAGGUGUACUACUCCCCGAAGCUCAUCUACCUCAAGGUCUCUGUCAUCGCGGCCAAGGACCUAAUCGGUGCCGAGAAUUCAAAAGACCCGCCGGUGAAGCCCACUGUCGCCAAGAUCCAGAUGGGCAGCCAGAUUCGCCGGACGCGGCCAGGGCAGCCACCGGCGAACCCGGUGUGGAACGACGACUUCAUGUUGGUGGCCUGCGAGCCGUUUGAGGACCCGCUGGUGGUGACGGUUGAGGAGAAGGUCGCCACCGGGGAUGAGCCCAUCGGCCGCGUCAUCAUUCCCGUGGCGUCAAACGUGCCGCGCAACGACCUGGCUAAGUCGGUGCCGUCCAAAUGGUUCAACCUGUCGCGUGGGAUGACGGUGGAACAGGCGGCGGCGGAUGUUACGACGGGGACCAAGCACCGGGAGCAUUCCAAGACGUUCGCCAGCAAGAUCCACCUCAAGAUGAGCCUAGAGACGGCGUACCAUGUGCUGGACGAGUCGACGCACUACACCAGCGACCUGCAGCCGGCGGCGAAGAAGCUGCGGAAGAGCGCCAUCGGCAUGCUCGAGGUGGGCAUCCUCAGCGCGCGCGGCCUCGGCGGCAACAAGAACCCCUACUGCGUCGCCAAGUACGGCGCCAAGUGGGUGCGCACACGCACGCUGCUCGGUACCGCGGCACACGCUUGGAACGAGCAGUACAUCUGGGAGGUGUUUGACCUCGGCACCGUCAUCACCAUCGCCGUCUUCAACAACAAAAAUCUCGAGGGCCAUGGCGACACCAAGGACGAGAGGAUCGGCAAGGUGCGCGUCCGCCUCUCGGCGUUGGAGUCAGACCGGGUGUACACGCACUACUACCCGCUCAUGGCACUGACCCCGGGUGGGCUGAAGAAGACGGGGGAGCUCCACUUGGCAGUCCGGUUCACUUGCACGGCGUGGGCCAACAUGCUGGCACAGUACGGGCGACCGUUGUUGCCCAAGAUGCACUACACGAGCCCCAUCUCCGUGCUGCAGCUGAACUCCCUACGAUUCCUGGCGAUGCAGAUGGUGGCGACGCGACUAGGCAAAGCGGAGCCGCCGCUGCGGCGGGAGGUGGUGGAGUACAUACUAGACGCGGACUCGCACAUGUUCAGCCUGCGCCGGAGCAAGGCCAACUUCAACCGCAUCAUCUCGCUCUUCUCCGGCGCCUUAGCGGCUGGCAAGUGGUUCGACAACAUCUGCAAGUGGAAGAACCCGCUGACCACCAGCCUCGUCCACGUCUUGUUCCUCAUCCUCGUGUGCUACCCGGAGCUGAUCUUGUCGACGGUGUUCCUGUACAUAUUCCUGAUCGGGGUGUGGAACUACCGGCGGCGGCCGCGAAACCCGCCGCACAUGGACACGGCGCUGUCGCACGCGGAGCUGGCGCAGCCGGACGAGCUGGACGAGGAGUUCGACACGUUCCCGACGUCUAGGCCGGGCGAUGUGGUGCGUAUGAGGUACGACCGGCUGAGAAGUGUCGCCGGCAGGGUGCAGACGGUGGUCGGCGACCUGGCCAUGCAGGGGGAGCGCGCCCAGUCCCUGCUCAGCUGGCGCGACCCUAGGGCCACUGCUAUGUUCAUCACGCUCUCCUUCAUCAUCGCCAUCGUGCUCUAUGUGACGCCAUUUCGGGUGGUGGCCGUCCUCGCCGGCUUGUACAUGCUCCGGCACCCCCGGCUCCGGAGCAAGCAGCCGUCGGCGCCCUUCAACUUCUACAGGCGCCUCCCAGCCAAGGGCGAUAUGCUCCUAUGACCAUGCCAUUGUUUUUCUUGCAUGAAGUUUACAAUUGUAUUAGUAUAUACGUUCACUACUACACUACUCUAUGAGAUCACGCGGUGGAUAUCAAUCACUUUCUCUCUUGCCUCCGUUCCAAAAUAGAUGAUCCAACUUUGUACUAACUUGUACCAAAGUUAAUACAAAGUUGGGUCAUCUAUGUUGGAACGGAGGGAGUAUAAGAAAGAGGGAACCUAUGUAAUUAAGGUUGGAUGAACCAUUCUGACCGGCAGGAAAGGGAAGCUUAUGUCA